CUCAGUAAUCUUACUUAAGCAUCGGAGGGGGGAUCCUCGAACCACCCCCGAGGCUAGUUAAUCCAUUCUGUUGUGCAGAUAUCAACCGGCACUCUCAAGAGGAACCAAGUAUCCCACAGUCCGCUGUUCUCAUUCCACACCCGGAACAGAAAUCAAGGAGAAAUCUGCGUCCUGGCCGUCGUCGCCUUCCGCGGUGGUCGAAUCUUUAAUCACCUCCGCUUAACCUAUAAAUCUCCGACAUCUCCCUUCGAUUUCGCUCGAAUUUUCGAAUUUGAGGUCUAGGAUUUCUGAAAUUCUGGAGAGUGAGGCAUGAAAUGUCGGUUGAGAUUUGGCUCUCCACCGUGAGCUCAGUCCCUUUCCACCGAGAUCUUGAAAUGGCGAGGAAAUGGCGAAGAGAUGUUGAGUAUGUUGCUAGGGCGCCAAAUUUAUAGGAACCCUAGACCAUCGGCACUUUCUUUUGGAUCUCAUGGCUAUGCUACUUCUUGUGGAGCAAGUUAUGAUGAACUGAUGAAGCUGAUAGAAGAAUUGGACCGAGUGGUGACUUUCAGGUGGAUUGGACUUUACUGUACGGUGUCUGUCCUAAUGGACGAACAAGACGAUCAGAGUGAAUCAGAGAAUGCUUUACUGUCCAUGGAAGAGGUGAUUGAGGGCGGUCUAGGACGGAUGAACUACACUAAGAUGCAACAAUAUAUACUUGCAUCAAUUCCUUCUAUUUUUUAUAUCAGCAGCAAUCAUUUAUCAGUGUACUUAUAGAUGCUCAACCAAUAUGGCAUUGCUCGCAUCAAUGAUUUUUGUUGUUGCUGUUGGUCGCGGAGGAGAAACGGUAUAGUGACUGCAGCUUGUUGCUGGAAGCUGCCACAGGAAAAAGGAAGCAAACAGUAAGCCAGCAACUGCAGCUUGUGCCACGCUAACACUUACUUUUAUAAUGGAACUUGGGAGAGCAAAAAGAUAGAGUAAUAAGUUACUUUUUUCCAAAGUAGUAUGUUUAACUUUACUCAAUAAUUUGCCAAAAGGAAAUGUACAUCAUCGCCAUUUGGUUGAGUGCAUGAGCAUUAAAUAUCUAGUUAUCUACACAAUAGGUGGGAAAUAAUUGAACAUCUAGUUAGAUUAAUUUUUAGUAUCCAAAACAAAAAUUUAUGGGGACUGAUAUUGUCAAAAGGGGAAAUAUAUAUGAGGUCAAUUGAAUCUAAAAAAAUUGGAAAAAGGAAUCAUUUGGGA